AUGAAAACAAUAUUUGAGACUUUAAUACCGAUAACAAUACUGAUCUCAUUAUGUUCUCUGGCUAUGGCGUGUCCUUCUAGCCUUCCAGACCAUCGAUCUUUUUUAGCAAAGUUGCCAGAUUCACAGAAGUUAAAUACGCUUGGAUUGAUCGGUACCCAUGAUUCAGCAACAUAUAAUAUUUAUAUAUUGGCUGCACAAACACAGUUGAAGACAAUAACUGAACAAUUAAAUGGUGGUAUACGCGUAUUGGACAUGCGAGUACGUCGAACUAACAAUGUUUUUGCGAUGCAUCAUGAUCUAAUCUACUUGGGAAUGAUGUUUGGUGAUGUAGUGAAACAAGUAAGAGACUUUUUGAGAAGCUAUCCUAACGAGUUGGUGAUAAUGUUCAUGCAAGAGGAGUGCAAUGCUGAAGGGAAUACUAUGAAUGCGUGCGAAAUUCUAGAAAACGAAUACAUUAAAGAGAAUGGUGAUCUCUUCGUUCAACAUUGGUCAGUAGAAGAUACUAUCGGACAAGAUCGUGGAAAAAUUUUACUGGCCCGUGCUCAUAGAGGCUUUUGGGGAUGUACGACCAGUUUACUUUGUCAAGAACAGAAUCAAUGGGAAAUAACUUCCAGUUUUACUCACACUGAUAAAUGGAAUGCUAUCGCUGCUUUUCAAGAUAAAAUCUUUGAAGAGAAUUCCCAAAGCUUAUGUUAUAUCAAUUAUUUGUCAGCUCACGGUGGUAUCAUUGGUCCUAAUACUAUAGCUAAUGAGUUUUCGAAGGAUACUAGAGAAUUCCAGGGUACAGAAGGGAAUCCGGGAAUGAAUAAUCAAAUGACUAAAUAUUUCCGUAAUCCGAAAAAUACUUUGUACAUCGUUAUGGCCGAUAAUCCACUUCCUCAACUAAUGGACAAAAUUGUGCUUAGCAAUUUUUAG